CACCAGGCCGACGUGUGUCACGCCUACCAGGUGCUGCUGCGCGGGGGACUCAGACCCGCACACAUAGUGGUCAUGAUGUACGACGACAUAGCGUACGACACACAAAACCCAUUCCCGGGGCAGGUGUUCAACUCUCCAGGUGGGCCCGAUGUGUACGACGGUGUACGGGUCGAUUACCGCGGAUCGGACGUCAACGCCGCCACCUUCCUGGCUGUGCUGGAGGGUAAUGCCAGUGCCGUACCGCCGGGUAACGGCACCGGCCGGGUGAUUGCCAGCGGGCCUUAUGACCGCGUUUUCAUGUUCUACAGCGACCACGGCUCCCCUGGAGUGCUGGGUAUGCCCUCCGGUGACUUCCUGUACGCGGACCAGCUGGUAGGGGCUUUGGUGAGGAAGUACGGCAGGGGGGGAUACAAGGAGGCCGUACUGUACGUGGAG